AGUCCUUCCCUUUUAAAAACAGGACCCUAAUGCUCGUGGGCGGCAGACUCUCAUCCCAAAUUCCCAAUCUCAAGCCCGUCAUUUCUCCGAUUCCAACUCCAUGCGGCUCUUCUCCUUCAAUCUCCUCUCCCUCCUCUUCUUUCUCUCUACUUCUCACCUCCUCGUUUCUUCUAGCCCCUCCAAUUACUUUUCAUUCUCCUUCCCCUCCUUUCCUUCUUCAACCAGCAACAACUUCGACUUCUCCACAGACGCUAGCGUCAGUCAAGGCGCCCUCCAGAUCACCCCGGACACCAUCAAUGACCUCGCCUAUCUCCUCAACCGCUCUGGCCGCAUCCUCUACUCCCGUUCCUUCCGCCUCUGGGAAUCUAAUCGCACUGCCUCCUUCAACACCUCUUUCUCCAUAAAUAUCUACCGUCCCAGUAACACCACACCGACCGGCGAGGGCUUGGCCUUCAUCAUUGCUCCCGAUGCGGACGGCCCCCCACCCGGAAGCUACGGCGGCUUCCUUGGCCUCACAAACUCCACGACCGACGGCCGAUCGUCGAAUCGGAUCGUUGCCGUCGAGUUCGAUACAGUGAAACAGGCGUACGAUCCCGACGACAACCAUGUGGGGCUCGACAUCAACGGGGUGACUUCGGAAAUUUCGGCUUCAUUAACGCCGUUUGGGAUCCAGAUCGCGCCGGUCGAGGCGGUGAAUUAUACUGUGUGGAUUGAUUAUGAUGGCAGGCAAGGGGCGAUCGGGGUUUAUAUGACCAGAAAGGGGGAGCCGAAGCCUGAGAAACCGGUGCUUGCGGGGAAGGUGGAUCUUAGCCGUUAUGUGAAUCAGGACUCGUAUUUCGGGUUCGCAGCUGCGACAGGUGCGAAGGAUUACGAGCUUAACUGCGUGUUAGACUGGACUCUGACGGUUGAGAACCUGGACGAUGAAGACAAGAAAGGAGGGUGGAAGGUGGCGGCUGGUAUAGCGGCUGGAGUGGUUGUGCUCGCUGUGGUGGCAGGAACCGCGACGGCAUUAUGGUACUCAAAGAAUCGGAGGAAGAGGGAGAAGAAGGCGAUGGUGGAUCCGAGCGCGUUAGCCGGAACGCUGAAGAGCUUGCCGGGGAUGCCUAGGGAGUUCGAGUACAAGGAACUGAGGAAGGCGACCAACGGCUUCGAUGAAAGGAUGAAGCUGGGUCAGGGAGGGUUUGGCAUCGUAUACAAGGGGGUGAUCGCCGGCGAGGCGACAGAGGUGGCUGUGAAGAAAUUUUCAAGGGAGGAUAAUAUGAACAGUCAGGAUGACUUCCUAAAGGAACUCACUGUCAUCAACCGACUCCGGCACAAGCACCUUGUUCGCCUGCUUGGUUGGUGCCACGAAAACGGCGUCCUACUUCUCGUCUACGACUACAUGCCAAACGGCAGCCUUGACCAGCAUCUCUACGGCGGCUCCACCGCUGGCCAGUUCGUCCUCCCCUGGAACCGCCGCAUCCAGGUCGCAGCCGACGUGGCCUCCGCCCUACACUAUCUCCACCACGAAUACGACGAAUGUGUCGUCCACCGCGACCUCAAGUCCUCCAACGUCAUGCUCGACGCCGCCUUCCACGCCCGACUUGGUGACUUCGGCCUUGCCCGCGUCCUGGACACUGACAAGACCUCAUACGCCGAGCUCGAGGCCGCCGGAGUCCCAGGCACGCUAGGCUACAUUGCCCCUGAGUGCUUCCACACCGCCAAGGCCACCCGCGAGUCCGAUCUAUUCGCCUUCGGCGCCCUCCUUCUCGAGCUCGUCUGCGGCCGCCGUCCCCGCUGCACAGACUUGUCCAACUUCAACUUUCUAGUCGACUGGGUAUGGAUUUUGCAUCGAGAUGGAAGAAUCCUGGAAGCCGUCGAUGAGAAGCUAGAGGGAAAUUUCGUCGCCGACGAGGCUCGCCGGAUGUUGCUGCUUGGCCUGGCAUGUAGCCACCCGUUGCCGGGUGAGAGGCCGAAGGCUGGAGUUAUCAUACAGAUAUUGGCAGGGUCGGUUUCGCCACCGGUGGUUCCGGCGUUUAAGCCGGCGUUUAUGUGGCCGGCGGCUGAGCCUGCCCGUCACGAGGGUGGAAGCGGUGGGUUGAGUAGUAUGAGCUCGUUGCUAACUUCGAGUUCCCUGUAUGGGUCAUCGACUGCGUGGACCCCGCCGUACGUGAGCAGUGAUCGUCAUGGUGACGUGUGAUAUUAUUUGAACAGUCAAAUCGCUGAUUAUUAUUAUUUUUUUUAAUUUGGUGGUGAUGGAGUGGUCCACAGUUGUCAUCUUAGGAAGAUUUUUUUAUUUUUUUUUUAAUUUUUAAAGGGCAUGUUUUGUUUUUUGUUUUUUCUCCCUUUAUUUUGAAGGGCAUG